AAUGCGAUUUGUCUUUGAUUACGACUGCGAACAGCUGACAAAAAUAACACAGAACCCACUUUAGACUGGAAGAAGCUCAAAACCUAUAAUACGUUUGCCACUUCCAGCAUUUACAGCAUUCUCACAUCAGUCUAUGCCGGUAACAUCUGCGAUGGCUCACUCGGUGCAAACGGAUAAGUGUUUAAAUAUCACCACCGUGGAAGCAAAGGAUAUACGUUGGCCGACGUCGUUGGGAGCCCAUGGAUCGGACGCUAUGCACACCGAUCCGGAUUACUCGUGCGUUUACGUUACAAUUAACACUGCGGAAGGGUUGUACGGCAAUGGAUUAACAUUCACCUUAGGUCGUGGAACGGACAUCGUCCUGUUAGCCGUAAAAUCGAUGAAAGGUUUAGUUGAAAAACGGACCACCGCUAGUAUAUACGGGGACUUUGCUAAAUUUUGGCGCGAGCUAACCAGUGAGUCGCAACUUAGAUGGAUUGGACCAGAAAAAGGAGUCACCCAUCUCGCAGCGGCUGCUAUUAUCAAUGCCCUGUGGGAUUUGUGGGGCAAAAUUAGGGGUUUGCCAGUGUGGAGGUUGUUGUCCGAAAUGGAACCUGAGGAACUUGUAUCCACAAUCGACUUUCGCUACAUCACCGAUGCAAUAACGCCAGAAGAAGCAAUCCGCAUUUUGACUGAUAGUAAAAUAAACCGUCAAGCCAGAAUCAAUGAGAUCAUCCAUAAGGGAUAUCCCGCUUACACAACACAAGUUGGUUGGCUUGGAUAUAGCGACGUUCAGAUUCAAACCCUUUGUCGCAAGUAUCUGGAGGCAGGAUUUACGGCUUUUAAAAUAAAGGUUGGCCAAAAUUUGGAUAAUGAUAUCAAAAGAUGUAAGCUGGUGAGAGAGGAAAUUGGAUGGAAUAAUAAAUUGAUGGUAGACGCCAAUCAAAUCUGGGAUGUUAAUACAGCCAUCGAGUGGAUGAAACAUUUAAAGGAUUACAAAUUGCUCUGGGUUGAAGAACCGACAUCACCCGACGACGUUCUGGGUCAUAAGAAAAUUUCCGAGGCUCUGAGGGAAUAUCAAAUAGGUGUAGCCACAGGAGAGAUGUGCUGCAAUCGCGUUUUAUUCAAACAAUUUAUGCAAGCAAAAGCUCUGCAAUUUUGUCAAAUCGACUCAGCAAGGAUUGGCGGAGUUAACGAAAUUCUUUCUGUAUACUUAAUGGCUAAAAAAUUCAACAUAAAAGUAUGUCCCCAUGCCGGAGGUGUUGGACUUUGCGAAAUGGUUCAGCAUUUGCAGAUGUGGGACUAUACAUCCGUUUCGUGCACAAUGGACGAGAGAAUGAUCGAAUUUGUCGAUCAACAGCACGAACAGUUUGUCAAUCCCGCAUUGAUCAAUGCGGCCGCAUGUUAUGAAGCUCCGAAUUCGUCAGGAUACUCAACCGAACUGAAACAGGAAGCAAUCGUGAUGUUCGAGUAUCCGAAUGGGUCAGAAUGGCAGCGUAUGUUUGCUGAUGGAACAUUCAAAAAGCAAGAUUAUUAAGAUAGGAACCCGUAUAAAUAUAUACCAUUUCAGAAACGUUAUGAACCAUUUCCAAACUAUGCAUAUGAUACUCACCAUAUUGCGACAUAUUCCAUCAUAUGCAACAUAUUUCAUCACUGCUUUUAUUUAUUUUUUGAUUUUGAUACAAAUUAACUCAAAUUCGUAUUUAUAAAUCACAAAACCUUUUUUUCUCAAUUUUGGUUGAAAUACCACUUAUUUUUUCCAAAAUCCAUAAUUCCAUGCAAUUGUUAGAAAAUUUUUAACAUUCUAACACGAAUAAUUCUCAAAACUUAUAACACGUUUAUUUAAAAACAUGAUUUUUCAAAACUGCGUGCAAUUUCAUUUGAAAACCUAUAAAAUCUGCAAAUUCCCAUUUUUUCACUC